ACCGAGCCAGGCGGAAGUGGUUGUCAGCGAUUAGCAAAGCGAAUUGUGGUUGGCAAAGCGCGAGGAGAGUUGUGGACAAUGAGUGGCCCGGGAACGAGAGUGCGGCGACGGCGGAAACCGGGGCUUCCAGGUGUUACCGCAGGAGAGACGCUGCUGUCCUGGCGCAAACGGAAGGCCCUGCAAAUACACAACGCCCUGACCUCUGACCCCAUAGAUAUAGAUGCCCUGAGGGGGGCAGCAGUGAGCGAAGGGGGGCUUCUGAGCCAGGAGAUUCGCAGGAAAGUGUGGCCCAAACUGCUAAACGUUAACGUCUUCUGCCUUCCUCCUAAACCAGGUGCUUGGGUCCGCAGUCACCGGGAUUAUAAUCAGGUUGAGAUGGAUGUGAGGCGGUCGCUCCGGAGAUUUCCCGCAGGCAUGCGCGAGGCGGAGCGCGCUGUGUUGAUGGCGCGGCUCGUCGACGUCAUUCUGUACGUUCUGCAGUCUCACCCCGAGCUGCAUUAUUAUCAGGGAUUCCACGACAUCGCGGUGACGCUGCUCCUCACCGCCGGGCCCCGGCUCGCCACCGCCAUGCUCAGCACCCUCUCUACUCACCACCUGAGGGACUUCAUGGAGCGCACCAUGGAUCAGACGAAGCAUGCGCUGGAUUACCUGAUGCCGCUGAUUCAGCGUGAAAGUGAUCGGCUGCACGACUUCCUGCGCAGGUCGGAGGUGGGUUGCAUCUUUGCCCUCAGCUGGUUGAUCACAUGGUACGGACACGUCCUCAGCGACUACCACCAGGUGCUGCGUCUGUACGACUUCUUCCUGGCCUCGCACCCGCUGAUGCCCGUCUACUGUGCCGCGCAGAUGGUGCUGAUGAGGGAGCCGGAGGUUCUGCGGGUUGACUGUGACAUGCCCAGCGUUCACCAGCUUCUCUCCAACAUCCCCCGCGACUUCCCGUACGAGACCCUGAUCUCCCGCACCCGCAGCCUGUUCCAGACGCACCCGCCCCACCACGUGCUGGCAUCCGCCGCGCUGCGCACGCACAAAAGUAUUUCCAUUUCCUCGUUCGACUCCCUCCUGGCUUCCACCUCGUGUCAGCGGCCGGACUUCGUGCUCCGCAGAGAGACGGCUGCUGGUUCCCAGGAUGGGCCCCGGCGCUCCCAGAACACGUUGGUGAAGCUGGCGGUGUGGGGUCUGUCUGCCUCGCUGGGGGCUGCUGCACUCGCCGUCACUCAGAGCGCCCUGGAGUGGGGCCCGGAACUACUGCUCGGCCUUUUCUGAGGGUCCGGGAUUGGAGCGGUCCCAGGAACGUGUGCUGGAUCCGGGUGAACGGAACUGGAUG